UUUUAUAACAGAAAGUGUGCAGGCAGACUGAGGGAGCAGCCAUGUCUGUGUUUUUCCUGGGUGUUGGAAUCGUUGUAGCUGUUUAUUUUUUAAUUCGUAAUUUCGUGUCAGGAGCGAGAUGUAAAAGUAAAGCGAAGCUUGACGGUAAAACGGUGAUCGUUACCGGCAGUAACACUGGGAUCGGGCGGGAGACGGCGGUGGAUCUGGCCAGAAGAGGAGCUCGGGUUAUCCUGGCGUGUCGCAGUCAGAGCCGGGGAGAGGCGGCUCUGGCCAUCGUUAAAAGAGAGAGCAGCAGCAGUAACGUGGUGUUUAUGCAGUUGGAUCUGGCCAGUCUGAAGUCCGUCCGCUCCUUCGCUGAGACUUUCCUCAAAACACGAGGCUGAAGUUGCAGACUGGACAUCCUCAUCAACAACGCAGGCGUUUAUAUGCAGGGCAGGACAGAGGAUGGCCUGGGCUUAAUGUUUGAAGUCAAUCAUCUCGGUCACUUCCUCCUGACUCAUCUGUUGCUGGACAGACUUAAAGAGUGUGGUCCAAGCAGAAUUGUUAACGUGUCAUCUAUGGGUCACAAUGCCGGGAACCUUGAUUUUAACUUCUUCAGCACUCACAAGGAAUUCGGAGCAGGUGACUCCUAUAUGAACGUCCUUAAGACAUACUGCAACAGCAAGCUGUGCAACGUGCUGUUCACACACGAGCUGGCAAAGAGGCUGCAAGGAACCAACGUCACCUGCUACAGCCUCCAUCCAGGAGUUAUCGAUACGGAACUGCCUCGCCACCACACCAAAACAGUCAGAAAGCUUCUGAGACCCAUAGUAGUCCUGUUUUUUAAGGAUGCAGAGGCCGGUGCCCAGACUACUCUGUACUGUGCUGUGCAGGAGGGCAUUGAAGGCCUGAGUGGCAGAUAUUUCUCAGACUGUUCAGUAAAGGAAGUUCAGCCCAAGGCUCGAGACGACGCUGUGGCCAAGAAGCUUUGGGAAUUGAGUGAGAAGCUGUGUGACCUCUCCUGAGCUACUGUUUGGCCCUGAUAACUAAUCACUAUAAUCAACCUUCAGGGACAUUAACAUGUUUGUUGAUUAAACAAAAACAACCUGAUUGUAAACAUGCAUGACUUGUGCUCUGGUGGUAAUGCUGUGCUGCUCAAUGAAACGUUUUUUUGUAAGCGAAUCAAUGAAGUUAACGGGUUAAAUUCUU